AUGAACGUCAUUCAAAGAUCGAACUCAAGGCAUCGUGGAGAUGGCUGCGCGUUAUCGAAACGGGCGCUGGUGCAAGUCGCUGUGCGCACGCGGCUGUGGCGACCGGGCGCACCAGCAGCACCAAGUCCAGCGGCAGCACGGGCGGCCGCGGGGCUAGUAGUAUGGCGCGCGUGGUGUUCUAGCGCCCGACGGCGUUACCUUCGCGGGCUGUGGGCCCGAUUGCCGGCGCGGCAUCGUUCGCCCGUCUGCACCGCGUGGCCUCCGCCCCCUGCCCCCCGGCUACUCGCCCGAACCGACUCCCUACUUCGGCGCUUGCAUCACCGCUGGCGCUGUCAACUGUACCGCCAGGCGUUCGACCAGACCGCAAGGAACCGCAUGCGGGAGAAGGUGACAGCCAGCGUGCUGUUCAAGGAUCGCAAAGCGUCGUACGCGGUGAGCGUGGCGCACCCUUUUGUGGGGGAUUACGUGCGCCUCCGAGCGUCCGGGGCGUGGCGACGCGGGGCGGGCUCGGGUGCGGCCGACCGCUACGUGGUGUUCGCGGAUGCGGCGGUGAGGGUAGCGAGGGGGGGCGGCGCCGGACGUGUCCUGGCGGUGGUGUCGACGGCGGCGCUUCUGCUGUUGGAACCGCGAUCGUUGCGUGUGAAGCGACGGGUUCCGGCGCAGCAGGUGUAUCGCCUGUCGCUUUCGCCGCACGCGGAUGACGUGCUGGCGGUGCACGUGCGUGCCCCUGCCGCCCCCGAUGACUCUGACGAGGAUCUCUCGCAGUGCUCCUCGAGGGAUGCGUUGGAUGCCCCCGGGUGUCUAUUUGGGAGUGAAGGCGGUUGGCGGCGACGCGGCGACGUAGUGUUACGGACUUGCCACGUGUUGGAACUGGCCACGAAGCUGUUCCUCGUCGUGCAAAACGCCGUGGGCGCGCCGCCGCACGUUAAUAUUGCUUCCGAAUUUGAAGCAAACUUCGGUCAGCAGUUAGUGACAAUAGCAUUUCAUGCGACGGGCAGUGCCCCCUCUGGGGCUCGCUUAGUCCGGCGCGGAAGCCGUCUUGACGUCCUGCUGUGA